AUGAAGAUACCGCUCCUUGUUAAUGGGCAGGAAAUACACACCGACAGCCAUUACAGCGUACGGUCCCACACGGAGGAUGAGAAGUGUUUACAUAUCACGAGUUGUUUGAGUGUCGAUGAUAUAGAUGCCGUUUGUGACAGUUCCCAAGAAGGGUUCGAGCAGUGGCACUUGAUGAAGGUGAGUGAAAGAAUCCAAAUUUUGCGUCGAGCAGUGGAAAUAUUACGUCAAAAGAAAGAUGAGUUGAUGGAGCUGAUGCUGGAAUUGGGAAUCCCUCCCUGGUUUUGUCAUUUCAACACUGAUCAAUUGGUGCACCAGCUAGAAGAGUAUGUCAACCAGAUGAAUGGCACAUACGGAGAGGUGGUGAGGUCCGAAAUGAGCGACUUAGCCAUCACCGUGAACGAGCCGGUGGGGCCCGUUCUCGCGAUAGCCCCGUGGAACGCUCCAGGAGUGUUGACCGGAAGAACGGUGUGUGCUCCUUUAGCAGCUGGUUGCUCAGUGAUUUUGAAGACGUCUGAAUUAUCACCAAAAAUAGGAUAUAUUCUAGUAAAAGCCCUCCACGAGGCUGGUGUGCCACCCAAGUCUGUCCAGCUUGUACACUUCCAGCCCGAAAACAACCCUGAGUUUGUCACAAAAAUCAUUGAACAUAGGAGUAUUAAAAAGGUGAGCUUCACAGGAUCAACAUCCACUGGACGCCAGAUCGCUGCUGUUGCUGCAAUGAACUUGAAGCCUUGUAUUUUAGAACUUGGAGGAAAGAACUAUGCGAUUAUUGAGUCGGAUGCAAACUUGGAAAAAGCCGUAGGAGCAGUUUUAUGGGGAUCAUUUGCUCACAAAGGUCAAAUCUGUAUGACCACAGAUAAGGUGUACGUUCACGAAGAUGUAUACGAGGACUUUUUGGGGCUGUUGCAACAAAUAGCUCCCAAGCUACUCGAGGACCCGGACUAUCAUAUCCCCCAAAGAAACAGACAGUUUACUGUUAGAAUCCAGAAUUUAAUUGAUGAUGCGCUACAGAACGGUGCUAAACUAAUCUUUGGGAAUCGAUCUGAAAUAGACCCUUUUAAGAACACAGCGAUUUCACCAGUUGUCUUAGGAGACGUCACGUCUCUGAUGAGGCUCGAUACAGCGGAGUCCUUUGGACCUCUAGUGACGGUUUAUAAGUAUAAUGAUGCUGCCCAACUUGUGAGAAAGUUGAACAAAGAGCCUUAUGGCCUUAAAACUUCCAUUUGGUCUCAAAACAUCUUGAGGGCACAGAAGUUGGCGCAUACCAUCGAGUCAGGAGGUGUCAAUAUCAACGGGCCCACUGUGUAUGACGAACCCACUGUUCCACAUGGUGGUGUUAAAGAGAGUGGAUACGGACGGUUCAACAGCAAAUGGGGACUUCAAGAGUUUUCAUACAUCAAGACCAUCACCAUGUCUGAGUGA